CGGACUGACGGGCGCGCGCGAGCGGCGGGCUCAGCGCAUCCCCGGCUUCCGCGCCGCGCUGCUGCCCACCCGCCCGGCGGCUCCGCGGCGGGGCGGAGUCCGCGAGAGUUUGCCCCGGAGCUUGGGGAACUUUCCAGCCGAAGCUCCGCUUCCGCGAAAGCACUACCUGCUGGCGCCCUCCGCUGCCCGCGCCGCUCGCGAGGUUACUUUGUGGAAUGAGCGCUUAAGAGAAAAAGGAAGGAUUGAAGCUCUGGGGAAAACCAAACCAUGUGGUCUUCAGAAGUAAGGAGAGAUGCAACCCUCUGAACUGGUCAUGAACCCCAAACAGGUCUUCCUGUCAGUGCUGGUGUUUGGCGUAGCAGGAUUACUCCUCUUCAUGUACUUGCAAGUCUGCAUUGAAGAACAACACCCAGGGAGAGUAGAGAAGAGAAGAGAACAAAGAGCAACUCCAGGAUGGGGACCUAUACAUUACUUGAGAUCUACACCCAGAAUCAUGACUAGAGAAAAAAUCCAGGAACAUAUCACCAACCAGAACCCCAAGUCCCACAUGCUCGAGGAUCCCAAGGAUAAACCGGAAAAUCUACUCAACUCCAAGAGGCCUACUAGGGUCUUCACGGAGACCAACCACUCCCAAGGAGAGGCUCCAGCUUUGCGCAGGAACCCAGGGUCACCAACAAUUCAGUUGAUUGAAAAACAGCAAGGGACGAAGAUCCUUUUCAGGAAGUUCAGCGAAACAAAUUGGUCGGUGGACAUUCGCCCUUUAAAUAAAAGCUUAGUCACAGACAGCAAAUGGAAGAGAAUUGAUGCAACUCAAGAAAAACGUAGGUCUUUCCUUCGGGAAUUUUGCAAGAAAUACGGUGGGGUGAGUCGUCCUCAAUCUCACGUUUUUCACAUGGUCUCCAGGAUCUACGUAGAAGAUAAACACAAGAUCUUAUAUUGUGAAGUACCCAAGGCUGGCUGCUCCAACUGGAAGCGAAUUCUGAUGGUGCUCAACGGCUUGGCCCCCUCUGCGGACAACAUCUCCCAUGAUGCUGUUCACUACGGGAAGCACUUGAAAAAGCUUGACAGCUUUGACUUAAAAGGGAUUUAUAGUCGUUUAAACACCUACACCAAAGCUGUGUUUGUUCGUGAUCCCAUGGAAAGAUUAGUGUCAGCAUUUAGGGACAAAUUUGAACACCCCAAUAGUUAUUACCAUCCAGUAUUUGGAAAGGCAAUUAUAAAGAAAUAUCGGCCGAAUGCCUGUGAAGAAGCAUUAAAUAAUGGAUCUGGAGUCAAAUUCAAAGAGUUCAUCCAUUAUUUGCUGGACUCGCACCGUCCUAUAGGAAUGGACAUUCACUGGGAAAAGGUCAGCAAACUCUGCUAUCCCUGUUUGAUCCACUACGAUUUUGUAGGGAAAUUUGAAACUUUGGAAGAAGACGCCAAUUACUUUUUACAGCUGAUCGGAGCUCCAAAAGAACUGAAAUUUCCCAACUUUAAAGACAGGCACUCUUCUGAUAAAAGAACCAACGCUCAGGUGGUGGGACAGUAUUUAAAGGAUCUGACUAGAACUGAGAGACAGUUAAUCUAUGACUUUUAUUACUUGGACUAUUUGAUGUUUAAUUAUACAACUCCAUUUUUGUAGUUUGCUUUCUUUUUCUAAAACUCUGUAUUGACUUUAUGCCGAUGGCCUCAAAUCAGCUAGCUGUAACUUUCCUAUAAUUCUCUGUAUGAAAAAAAUUUAACUAAGUGCAGUUGUCUUGAUUGAAUGAAGAUUUUUACCAAAUAUUAUGAAACCAAUUGGCACAAAGUUAUAGGAAAAUUACCUAACAGAGACAUGUAAACAACUUCAGUUACUCUAGAAUGUUUGGGAAAGAGCUGCUUUUGCAUUGUGGAUUAUAUUAUAGAAGCAAUAACCCAGCCAGCUGCUACAUAAGCUACAACUGCCUCUUUCAAGGGUAGGAAAAACGAUCAAAAAUAGCAUGAGUCUCUGUCUCCAUCCUGGAAUCUGUUGUCUAAAGCGCAUGGAGAUAUUUUUAGCAGUCUGUGGCAUAUGAAUCAAACAUUGGAUAGUUUUCUUACACCCCUGGAAAUGUUUCCAUCAACUGUAAUGAUAAAUCAAUUCUGAAAUGGCAUUUUGGACCUGAAUGUUUUACUUUAGAUUGGAAGGCAUUAUGUGAUUUACAAUAUGAGAAUAUAACAGAAAAACCAGACGAGGCAAUGGCUUUUUAUAUUCGACAGCCAAUAAAAAAUGCACAACAUGCUAAGAUCAAAGCAA